CAGUUUUCUACCAUGGAGUGUGGUUGUGAAGCUCAAAACUAUGGGCCUUAUUUGGCAGACAAUUGUGGAGCAGGUAAUUUCAUCGUUUUCAUGGGUUUGAUAGACGCCAUUAUAAGAAAUACGUGCGACGUUUCGGCUAUUUGCGACAGAGUCAUACCCAGAACAAGACCCGAUCUUGCAUAUGAUUACAUCGUUAUUGGAGGUGGAAGUGGUGGCUCAGCUGUAGGUGGAAGAUUGGCUGAAGAUAAACAUCGAACGACUCUACUAUUGGAAGCUGGAAUCGACGAACCCGAGGCUUAUCAAGUACCAGCAUUCAUGCUUGCCUACCACAGUGAUCCCAUCGUAGACUGGAACUUCCAAACAACUGGAGAACCCGUUGGUUGUCAAUCCACAAACGGUAGGUGCAAAUGGCCAACUGCAAAAAUGCUAGGAGGUGGUUCUUCAGUAAACGGUAUGAUGUUUACCACAGGAACAAAACCAGAUUUCGAUAACAGAUGGCAAGGAGCAGGCAUUGAUGGUUGGUCCCACGACGAUGUCUUACCUUUCAUCAAGAAAGCUGAAGGGAACCUACAGUACGACAAAUACGAUCCCAAUUACCAUGGUAAAAACGGACCAAUGAUAGUAUCUGACCAAUAUAAUGUACCAGAUUUUGCGCAUGCUGUUAUGCAGGGUGCUGCCGAAGCAGGGUUCCCUAUUUCAGAAGAUUUGAAUGGUUAUAACCACACAGGAUUUGCCAUUCCCCAAUCAUUCAUUUUGAAUGGAUCCAGAGUAAGCAUGGCCAAGGCUUACCUGAGACCCCACCGGAAUGACAAAAAUCUACACAUCAUGCUUAACUCCACAGUCACCAAAAUCCUCAUUAACCAAGAGAGCAAGACAGCAAUCGGAGUGGAAUUCGUCUACAACAACGUCACAUACCGGGUAAAAGCUAAAAAUGAGGUAAUUCUAGCAGCAGGUACCAUGAACUCACCCAAAAUUCUGUUACAAUCUGGAGUCGGUCCGAAAGAUGCUUUGGACGCUGUCGGAAUCAAGCAAAUUCACGAUUUACCGGGUGUUGGACACAAUUUGACCAAUCACGUGGCAUUCGCGAUGGUUCACAAUAUCAAUGCAGCUCCUGAUUUAUUGGAUACGGUUACUUUUGAAACUGUUCAACAGUAUUUGGAUACCAGGAGUGGCCCUCUUGCAAAUCCAGGUCUUCCAGUAACCUCCAGACUGCCCUCAACAGUUACGGACGCCAGCGAUCCAGAUAUCCAGUUGUUCUUCACAGUGACUAGCCACCAGUGUAGCUCGACCGGUGAAUCAGGACUACCAUUCGAUCCAACCAACCCAAAAGCUGUCAAAACUCUCAGCAUCUCAGCUGUAUGUUUGCAACCAAAGAGUCGUGGUAGAAUCACGUUGAAAUCCAACGACCCAUUUGAGCCACCUAUUAUGGUUGGUAAUUAUUUGACCGUGAAAGACGACGAGGAUAGACUAAUAGAUGGUAUCAGAUUGGUCCAAAAAUUGGUUGCUAGUCCUACUUUGAAAGAUAAGUGGGGCCUUGAAUAUAAAAAUACGACGCAUGGAGACUGCGGAGAUAAAUACACAUUCGAUUCUGAUGACUACUGGCGUUGCGCUAUCCGAUGGAAAACUGAUCCAGAAAACCACCAAAGCAGUACAUUGAGAAUGGGUCCAGAAGGUGACAUGUGGACUGUUACAAACAACAAACUUCAAGUAGUCGGUAUCAAGAACUUGAGAGUUGCUGACGCGUCCGCUAUGCCAGUCGUACCUUCAUCAAAUACAAAUUCUGCAAUUGUGAUGGUGGCUGAAAGAGCUGCUGAUUUCAUUAGAAGCAGAUGGGGUUGAGUUUUUAUCAUAAUUUAAUAUACAGUUUCUGUUAA